AUGGAGAAGAUCACGCAGCAUGACUCUACAGAUGACCUUGAGUUUGGGUGUCCGUGGAUGUGGGAUAACCUGACGUGCUGGCAGGCCGCCGGCAUCGGCGAAGUCGUCGUGGUCAAUUGUCCCGAACUCUUCCAUGACUUCAUGGGCCCCGAGGACGAGAUGGGCAGAGUCAGUCGCAACUGUACCGAGGAGGGCUGGUCGGAGCCCUUCCCUCACUACGUGGAUGUCUGCCUCUUUGACGACAACACCACCAAACCCGACAUGUACUACGCGUCGGUCAAGGCCCUGUACACGGUGGGCUACAGCACCUCUCUGGUUUCUCUCACCACCGCCAUGGUCAUUCUGUGUAGGUUCAGGAAGCUCCACUGCACCAGGAACUUCAUCCACAUGAACCUGUUUGUGUCCUUCAUCCUGAGAGCCAUCUCGGUCUUCAUCAAGGAUGGAGUGCUCUACGCGGAGGAGGACAGUGACCACUGCUUUGUGCACACAGUGGCAUGUAAAACAGUGAUGGUGUUCUUCCACUACUGUGUCAUGUCCAACUACUUCUGGCUGUUCAUCGAGGGCCUGUAUCUCUUCACCCUGCUGGUGGAGACCUUCUUCCCCGAGAGACGCUACUUUUACUGGUACACAAUUGUCGGCUGGGGCACUCCCACUAUUUGUGUGACUGUCUGGGCAGCUCUGAGGCUCCAUUUUGAUGACACAGGCUGCUGGGAUACGAAUGAGAACACCGCCCUCUGGUGGGUGAUCAAGGGACCGGUGGUGGCCUCCAUAAUGAUCAAUUUCGUGCUAUUCAUCGGGAUUAUCAUUAUCCUGGUCCAGAAGCUGCAGUCUCCCGAUAUUGGAGGAAACGAAUCCAGUAUUUACCUCAGCUGUGCUCAGAAAUGCUUCAGUGAGCCCACACAGGCUGUUCAGCAUUCGUGCAGGAUGUCAGAGUUAUCCACCAUCACGCUGCGUCUGGCACGCUCGACCCUCCUGCUCAUUCCUCUGUUUGGUAUUCACUACACCGUGUUCGCCUUCUCGCCCGAGGAUGUCAGCAAGAGAGAGAGGCUGGUGUUUGAGCUGGGGCUUGGAUCCUUCCAGGGGUUUGUAGUUGCUGUCCUGUACUGUUUCCUCAAUGGAGAGUUUCUCCCUGAAGGUGCAGUCAGAGAUCAAGAGGAAAUGGCGCAGCUGGACGGUGAACCGGUACUUUGCUGUGGACCUGAAGCAACAGAGGCACCCUUCGCUGGCCAGCAGCGGAGUGAACGGGGGAACCCAACUAUCCAUCCUCAGCAAGAGUAGUUCCCAGAUACGCAUGUCCAGCCCGCAGGCGGAGAACGCCAACCUCAGCCUCCCCACCUGAGCAUCUCAUUGGUCAGAUUCUACUUCAAGGUGCCGCCCAAUGUCCAUCUAGACCAAUCAGAGCAGACCAAAGGCCCACUGUCUUAUAUUUUCUUGUUUGGCCGUCGGCAAAUUUUGAAAAAUUCAUUGAAGAGGGUUGAUGCAUGAGAGCAGCAU